UAUUUUUGAUCAAAUAAAUGGAGCCUAGCUAAGCAUAAGAGACUUCUAAGUCAUUAGUUUGGUAAAGGAAUGAAAGUGACUUUAGUCUGAAAGAGUUUUCUGAAGGCUGCCUUCUCUCUGUGUCUGGUGUGGUUUAGCGAUGGCUGGACCGAGGCCUGUGGUGAUGAGCGGACCGUCUGGAGCUGGCAAAAGCACUCUGCUGAAGAAGCUGCUCAAGGAGUUUGAGGGUGUAUUUGGCUUCAGCGUUUCCCAUACGACGCGAAGCCCCCGUCCAGGAGAGGAGAACGGCAAAGACUAUCAUUACGUUACCAGGGAAGUGAUGAAGGCAGCCAUAGCAAAUGGUGAAUUUAUCGAAAAUGCUGAAUUUUCAGGGAACAUGUAUGGAACGAGUAAAGCAGCUGUACAGGCUGUUCAGGCCAAAAAUAUGAUUUGCAUUUUGGACAUUGACAUGCAGGGAGUGAAGAACAUCAAGAGAACCGAUCUCAACCCCGUCUAUGUGUCCAUCCAGCCUCCGUCAAUGGAAAUCCUGGAAAAACGAUUAAGGGAUAGAAAAACUGAAUCUGAGGAAAGUUUACAAAAGCGUUUACAUGCAGCAAAAGUGGACAUGGAAAUAAGCAAAGAGCCAGGUUUAUUUGAUGUGGUGAUUAUCAAUGAUGAUCUUGACGUAGCGUAUGGAAAAUUAAAAGAUGCUGUUCUUGAGGAAAUCCAGAAGGUCAGAGAUGCCAACAAAUCCUAGACGAGAGCACACUUGCUAACCACUGUGACCUCUCUGUUCACCUCCAGCUUCAGCAGAACGAUUUCAGACCUCAGCAUUCCACCAGGAAAGACUUUCUGAGGUUCAGUCGAUACUCCAACACUGCUGAAUGUCAUAUAUAUUCAUUACUACACGGUGCAGGCUAAUAUUAUAUAUUCCAGGUUUAUUUUGUUACCAUGUACGUUACGUAAUUCCUGGGCUACAGGUCGGAAACAUGUAGAUUUAACCAAGAAAAACUCUUAAGUCCUUGUUUCUGUUUUGAUAUUUCUUUUUCUUUCACAUUUUUUAUAAUAAUGGAAGAGACAACAGAGAUCGUAGAUUUUCUAUAUCUAACUAACAUGUUCACUAAUUUAUUGGGGUUUUUUCUAUGCUGAUAUUUUAUAAUAACUCAUUCUUUGCUGUUGUAAACAAUGCAGCUUUCCAUUCGCAAUGUUUACGCGUUCAGAGCUAUUAUCUGCACAUAUGAGCAGUGUGCUACACCUGCUUUCAUUCAUAUAAUUGCAUCUGAACGUCUGUACAAGUCGAGUAAAGCUUGGUUCUGUCAGGACCACUAUCGUCAAAGAUGAUUGACAAUUAGCAUA